CAGAAAAACACUUCCGGGGAAAAUGAAACAAUGCAUCGAGAUCGAACGAAAAUCAUUAGAAAAACUUAAGUUUAAAUCGGUGAAGAGUGACAUACAAGAAAACUCACCAAAAAGCUUCCAAUUUCUUGACAGAUGCUCUUCGAGUCCCUAGCGCCAUAUCUUAUUUACCGACGAUCAAUCCAAAUCGAGGUGUUGCCCUUCCCUGUGAUAGGAUCUUUGAAUGGAGUUCAUAUGUUUGGUAGUUCACAUGAUGUGACACUUCAGUCAACUGUAACAGAAGAUGCCAAGAUUGUCUGGAGAGUUUUUCAUGACAGUGUGACCCUGAUUGCCAUAGCACAGAAUGAUGAUGCCGACGACUGUCACUACAGCAACCUUUUGAAUCUUGUGUUCAAUGCCAUGGUACUUUUGGUAGGAAUAGAGGAAGUCAUCAACAUGAAAAAUGUAGAGAAGUUCAAGAAGGAAAUCAAGGUGUGCUAUAAUUUGGUGGAUAGGAUCCUUGGGAUUAAGGGAUCCUGGGGAUUUUGUCAGCUGACCAAUGCAGUGGAAAUCAUAGCAGCACCAGAGAAUGCUGUCUUACAGAAUUUCCUGGAUGCAUUUACAGAAGCAGCAGAAAGUGUGUAUGGUUGUCUGUUCAUUGAUGGAAAAGUUGCUGUGGCAACCAAAAAAUGGUGGAGUUUAUCGGCCAAUGAACUUGUGUUGCUUUCCCUCCUCUUGUCGUCUUUGACCCCCUGCACAUCCAGAGAUAUUCCAGUGUACCUCCCUGACAGCCAUCCAACAGUACCACACAGGUUAAUGACCUUUCAGUUGACCAGGGGAAUUGAAGUCUGUGUUAUCUGUGGGCCCUCACCCUCCCUAACAGAGCUGGAGCCAGAGAUUCUGAGAUUUUGGAAACCAUCAUAUGAUUCCCUAAGAUCUGUACUGAAGUUGAGCUCCAGGAACUUUCCAACAAAUUUAGCUCUUGAUCACAACACUUUAGGAUUUUUAUUGAUCAACAAAGAGACCAAUCGCUGUCUCUGUAGCAUCAGCCCUACGUUUAAUGGAGGACAUCCUGAUGAAACUCUGUCUCCCUCACAGCGGAAGGAAGUCCUGAUGUCGUUCUACAAGAGAAUGGUGGGCACCUUUUUUUCCUCAGUGGUUCCUGGGAGUGAGUCAGGUCCUUCAGAGUUCAGUCACCAAGCCAUGGAAUCCUAUAUCACCACGGAAACACACAAGUGCUAUGCCAUGAUGUCUGGUCCUCACCAGCUGUUCAUGGUUUAUGGGGAGGGUAUACCUACCUAUGCAAUGAGGUCAAUCACACAGAAGACAUUAUCUUUACUGACCAAGGACAGGAAUAUAUCUGUCUGACUGCAUCAGAUCUUCUACUGAUGACAACAUUUUGGACCCUGUUUCAGAAAUGAUUACACCAACUCCACCUAUAUAUAGUUGUAGGUUUGUUCUAUACAUGGAGAGCAUUCAUUCACCAGUAAAGAAUCCUUUACCAUCAAGACAUGAAAGAGUUUAUUUCAAACUUGCCAGAUUUUCUGUAUUAAAGAUGUUCAAAAUGUUUUGAACGAGGAACAUGAGAGUACGCUACAAAUUUUGGAUUUGCUGUUUUGCGUUCACCAGUACUAUAUCUAAAUACUCAGUGAAGCACCAAAAAAAACUGGCUGAAGAUUGGACAGAGUAUAUUUAUCCUGUCAGACUGAUUAGACAGAAUAUAUUUAACCUGUAAGACAGAUUGUACAGAGUAUAUUUAUCCUGUUAGACUGAUUAGACAGAGUAUAUUUAUCCUGUAAGACCAGAGAGAUUAGGCAGUAUAGAAAUGUGAAGUGCCUUCCAGAUUGUUAUGGGAUUUUGAGAGAGAAUUUGCUUAUGAGGAUUAUGAUUGUUUUUUUAAUUCUUUUGAUAUGGAAUAAGGCAGAGGAUGUUUAUUUCUGUAUUACAUUGCUCAUGAAUCUCAUUCUGAACCUUAAAUAAUAAUAAAAAAGCAGAGAAAAACCAGGAUGGGAUCAAGGUUGUUUAUUACAAGUAAAUUGUAAUAAGACAGUUAUUGAACGCCGAGAUUGACAUAUUUCUCCAGCCUCUCCAUCUCUCUGUGGGCGACUUCGAUCUUCUUCUGGAUGAGGGCCUCCUCCCUUCUCUGCUGAGCCAGCUUCUGUUUCUGGGACUGGACCUUUUCUUGGUCGUCUGUUAAAACAAAAAAAAUUAUUGUAACUUAUAAACAUAAACAUGUUUACGUAUAUUAAUGCUCGUGCAUUGUACAAUUUUAUCUUUAAACCUAUAAUUUACUGGUAUAUUAUAUCAUUAUAUUUACAUAUACCGAACAAUUUCUCGUCUAUUUCUUAAUAAAACUGAGUGUAACUCAGAGCUAACAUGGG